AUGGAGUAUCCAUUCCCCAAGCCACCACGCGACCUGACCGGCAAAGUCGCCAUCAUCACCGGCGCUGGCGCCCACGGCGACGGGAUCGGCAACGGCCGCGCCGCAGCAAUCCUCCUCGCCGAAGACGGCUGCCACGUGGUAUGCGUGGAUCUCGACGAGAAACUGGCGCAACGAACCGUUGAAAUGAUCACGUCAGACCCCGGCGACACAUUCAGCACUCAAACCCUCCGGGGCCAAGCCAUCGCCAUCUCCGGCGACGUCAGCAACGAAAGCGACUGUGCACGAAUCGUGCAAACCACGCUUGACCGCUUCGGGCGCGUGGACAUUUUAUUCAACAGCGUCGGCAUCGGUGGGGCCAAAGGCACGGCCAUCGACGUCGACAUGGUCGAAUGGGCCAAAGGAAUGGAAAUCAACGUGGCGAGUAUGGUGAUGAUGGCCAAAUACGCCAUUCCCGCCAUGAAGCAAAACGACCUCGAUCAAGCGCUCGCGGAUGGAUGGGGUUGUCGCGGAAGUAUCGUCAACAUGGGUUCCGUGGCGGGGAUUCGAGGCGGGACGCCCACGUUGCUUUAUCCGACUUCGAAAGGUGCAGUGGUGAAUCUGACGAGAGCCAUGGCGACGCAUCAUGCUCCGGAUGGGAUUAGAGUUAAUUGUAUUUGUCCCGGCAUGGUAUAUACGCCGAUGAUGUAUGCAGGAGGGAAGAUGUCGGAUGCGGGUAGGGAAUCUAGGAAGAAUAGGAGUUUGCUGAAGACGGAGGGGAAUGGUUGGGAUGUAGGUAUGUCGGUGAGGUUUUUGGCCGGGCCGCAGGCAAGGUGGAUUACAGGCACGAUUUUGACGGUUGAUGCUGGUGUUACGGCAGCGGUGGGGACGGAUUUGCCCAGGGAUGCGACGGUGGCGGCGAAAUGAAAUGGAAUAGGGUAGAUGAUGGGAUAUGAUAUGAUAUGAUAUGAUAUGGUGGGAUGGUGGGAUGGAAUGGGUUGGUAUAUAUCAUAUAUUGUAUAUAUAUGGCAGACAAGGAUCCAUAGGUACUAGUACUUAUUGUAUAGUACUCCGUACAUAUCUAACCAUGUAUAUUCA